AGCAGUACGCAGCAACAACCUAGCUAUAGCUAGCCAAGUCGCAAGAGCCAGUACGUGUGUGCUGCUGUGCUAGUCGGUGCGAUCGAAAUGGCUCCUCAUGCAGGUGACAUCGACCUUGCCAAGGCCUACCAUCACGUCACUGUGUCAAUGAGGGAGCACACGGAGAAAGUGAUGGUGAAGCUCACCGCGCCCCACACCGGCAAGGGCGACACGGCGCCGCUCGACAUCGUGGUUGUCCUGGACAUCAGCGGGAGCAUGCGUGGGACGAAGCUCGAGCACAUGAAGCACGCCAUGACCAGGUUCAUAAUCGAGAAGCUCGGCAUCCGCGGUGACCGCCUCGCCAUCAUCACAUUCGAAUCGAAGGCACAUAAAGUGUUCGAUCUGUCGUCCAUGCUCCCGGACCAAGUGAAGAAGGCGGUGGCCGUUGUGGAAGGUCUGAAAGCCGGUGGAGACACCAACAUCAAGGCCGGCCUCGAGGCUGGCCUCGAUGUGCUCAAGACCCGUAGGGGGCAUUCGCAUAAUGCUUCCUGUAUCUUCCUCAUGUCCGAUGGGCAUGAGAACGUGGACAAGGCGAGGACCCUCCUUGACCGUGUCGGCGAGCACUCCGUGGUCACGUUUGGUUUUGGUGAGAAGAGCGACGAACAGUUGCUGUACGACAUCGCAUACCACAGCCAUGCAGGCACGUACCACCAUGUCCGGGAGAAGGAGGAUGAGAACCAGCUGAUGAAGGCCUUCGCGUUCCUGGCUAUCUACCGCUCCAUCUCCAUGUUGGAUCUCAAGGUGACAGUGAGUGCCCACAAAGAAGCUGCAGGAGCCAUCAUACGGGGAGUGGAUCCUUGCCGCUACAGGGUCGACGGUCCGCACGGUGACGGGUCUUUCACAGUCCAUUUCGGUGAUCUCGCCCGCGAGGAGAGCCGAAGGAUACUGGUGGACGUGCAGCUCCCUCAAGUACAGCAUGAGCAAAAAGAUAAGCCGGUCAUUCAUGUCAAAUAUGAAUAUAGUUCUCCCAAGAAGGUGAAGGUCACCAACACCCUGGACAUCAAGAUGAACCGCGUCCAGAAUCCGGGACAGGCUGCCAUGAAUCCAAAUGUGAGCCGGGAGCUGGCCCGUCGCGCACAGGUGGAGCACCUGAGAAAGGUGAUGGAUCUGGCCAACAAGAAAAACCUUGGUGCGGCCAAAGAUGAGGUGGAGAGAGCCAGGAACGCCUUGAACUCUAUCACCCACGACACAGAUGACGCCGUCGAUUCCCUCUUCAACGAGCUGGACAAUAUCGAAGAAUUUCUGGAGACGUACGACAUCUACAACAAGCUCGGCCGCUCCUACCUGCUGGCCUGCAUCUCCUCGCAUGAACGCCAGCGCUACGCAGAGAGAGGCGGUGCCGCUCCCGUCGACCUCUACCUCACGCAGCGCAUGAACAAGUACUUGGAUCAAGCCCACAAAGUUCACAAGAAUCCCAAAACCAAAAUCUGAUCUCAUGCAUGCGAUGAUCAGCUAGCAAGACGAUGAUUCAUCCGCACCGCGUGCACUCGCAUCGAUCAUCCACCAAUAAUUCCCCUUUACUUUCUUUGCUUAUAUAAUAACAGGCCCAGUUCUAUAUGUUCUAGUAGGCCCUGGAUUAUUUACUGCUGCAUGCUGCUACUAAAGUUUGCUUUUGCUUCUUAAUUUCCCUUGUUCGACAUUUUCAUUUUAUCCUGUAUCUUUGUAAUAACUGCUCUGACGAGAUGGCUAGCGCGCUGCCCAAGUGUCCAAUAUUGUAUCUGCUAGCCAACUAACCAGAGGGGGUUAUGGCAUUUUAAUUAAUUUUCUUUGAUUUCCA